AUGGCCAAAUCGAUAUCUGAAUCGCCGUCGCUUCCUUUCUUUUUCUUCUGAUUUCAUCUUUUUCUAUUCGGAGAAUCUCACGCAGUUUUAGGGUUUCUUUUUUUCGCACGGACUUUGGGUUUCUUUAAGAAGUUGGAUUGGUGCGUUUUGUUUUUAGGGUUCGUGUGUUGGAUUCGAUCUUUCUUUGGUAUCUCCCAUUGAAUGUUGCGGUGAUAAGAGUGACGACUACAAUGGUGUCUAAGAAUGAUCAUAUCGAGACUUUAUUCAAUUCAAUCCAAGUAGUUAAAGAUGUUCUUCUUCCGAUUGAGCUUGGUGUGAAAAAGGCGGCAAGAGAUAUUGAAAAUUGUUGGAUAAGCAAAGAAAGGGAUCUAGGUCUUGUUUUGAGAUCAUCUGGAAGAAACAGGAAGAAGCGGAUUUGUGCUAGUCCUGAAUUUGACGACAAUGCUACUAAUAAUGUUCAGUGUGUGGUUAGUGAUGAGAGAAAUAAAGGUUUGUCUAUCAAGAUCCCUGUGAAGUCACUCUUUGGUAUGUUUUCUCCGAAUUUAGCGAGUGAGAAGUUGAGUCGUAGAAAUGAUGUGGUGGUGGUGAAGAAAGAUAAGUCUUUGGAGAAAGAUGAUGAUUCUUGUACCAAUUGCUUCAAGUUUGCGAUGACUUGGUCUUUGUUGGUUAGUGGCUUUGUUCAUGCUUUUCCUAUUCCUUUUAAGAUUGGUAAAAAGAGGAUUCACAAAAUGGGGGAUGAUGAGAACACUCUACGUAAACACGGCCUUAAAUCAAAGGCGUCAUUUGUAAGUCGGAAAGAAGUAAGGCGUCAGUCAGUUGAAUCUGUAGAAAAGGAAGGGAGCCCUUUUUCGAUUGAAUGCGCUGUUGGUUUUGUUGUUGAAAUGUUGGCUCAGAAUCUCCUGAAGCUGGACCAAUUCAUACAGGAUAGUUCAGAGAAUGAAUCUUGUUGUUCCAAGGAAGCUAGUGCAAAUGAUAGUCCACUUAUCUUUAACAUCUGGGAGGCUAGAAAACUCGACUUAAAUGGAUUCCUCGGGAACCUGAUGUUUGCCAGAGUUGGAGAUGUGGCGUCAGGUAUAGGUGGCCUGACAUCUCACAUAAGUGAAGAUGGUGAUGAAAGUAAUGUCAGUACUGCUGGUAAGGAGGAAAGUGCAGUUGAUUCUCCGCAGAACCUGGCAACUGGACUACUGAGUAUACCUUUAUCAAAUGUAGAGCGCUUAAAAUCCACACUGUCCACGAUUUCUCUGACGGAACUUAUUGAGCUUUUACCACAAUUAGGACGACCUUCAAGAGACCAUCCAGACAAGAAAAAACUAAUUUCUGUUCAAGAUUUUUUCAGAUACACCGAGUCUGAAGGCAGGAGGUUCUUUGAAGAAUUAGAUAGAGAUGGUGAUGGCAAAGUAACUUUGGAAGAUCUGGAAAUUGCAAUGAGGAGAAGAAAGUUGCCCAGAAGAUACGCCAAGGAAUUUAUGCGACGAGCUAGGAGUCAUCUUUUCUCGAAAUCGUUUGGUUGGAAGCAAUUUUUGUCCUUGAUGGAACAGAAGGAGCCAACCAUCCUCCGUGCCUAUACUUCUCUCUGUUUGAGUAAGUCUGGUACUCUUCAGAAGAGUGAGAUAUUGGCAUCACUAAAUAACGCAGGACUUCCUGCUAAUGAAGAAAAUGCUAUAGCCAUGAUGAGAUUUUUGAAGGCUGAUACCGAGGAGUCUAUCUCAUACGGACAUUUCCGUAAUUUCAUGGUGUUGCUGCCAUAUGAGCGGUUACAAGAUGAUCCUCGUAACAUCUGGUUUGAAGCUGCGACUGUUGUUGCUGUUGCACCCCCUGUGGCCUUACCUGCUGGAGAUGUUCUAAAAUCUGCAUUAGCGGGAGGGCUUGCCUCUGCUCUCUCCACCUCCUUAAUGCAUCCGAUUGACACAAUCAAGACACGUGUGCAAGCAUCAACCUUGUCAUUUCCUGAAGUAAUAGCAAAGCUUCCAGAGAUUGGUGUGCGGGGAGUGUAUAGGGGUUCUAUCCCAGCAAUUCUUGGACAAUUUUCAAGCCAUGGCCUGCGGACAGGAAUAUUCGAAGCAAGCAAACUUGUGUUGAUCAAUUUUGCUCCCAAUCUCCCAGAAAUUCAGGUUCAAUCGAUUGCAUCAUUCUGCAGCACACUAUUAGGCACAGCUGUGCGGAUUCCAUGUGAGGUGCUGAAGCAACGGUUGCAGGCCGGCAUGUUUAAUAAUGUAGGGGAAGCCAUUGUAGGGACGUGGAAGCAAGAUGGUCCAAGUGGCUUUUUCCGUGGGACAGGCGCAACUCUUUGCCGUGAAGUUCCACUAUACGUUGUUGGCAUGGGACUGUAUGCAGAGUCCAAAAAGAUGGUGGCGCAAGCGCUGGGAAGAGAACUCGAGGCAUGGGAGACAAUAGCGGUUGGGGCGGUGUCAGGAGGUAUAGCAGCAGUUGUAACAACCCCAUUUGAUGUGAUGAAGACGAGAAUGAUGACUGCAACACCAGGGAGACCGAUCUCAAUGUCGAUGGUUGUUGUCUCGAUUCUGCGUAAUGAGGGACCGCUAGGUUUGUUCAAAGGAGCAGUCCCGAGGUUUUUCUGGGUGGCUCCUCUAGGUGCUAUGAACUUUGCUGGCUACGAACUAGCCAAGAAAGCUAUGCAGAAGAACGAGGAUGCUGUGUUAGCAGAUCAGCUUGGUCAGAAGAAGCUUUGCUAAUGGGAUUUUUACUUUGCUUUGCUGCUACGAAGUUUUUUGGGGGCAGCUUAAGCCGGAGACUCUCCUCUUUUGUUAAAUGCUACUUUGCAAAUUUUUGACAAAAAAAAAGUUCAUUGUUUUGUUGUGCAUUGAGGACAGUUUCUCUUUAUAAAAACUCUGGUUCAAA